CUCAUUGGUCGUGUUUUAUCUGACGAGCCGAAAGUCGAUGCAAAGGGACUCCUGCGAGUGCCUGUACAGGUCUUUCGAGCCGAGGAGGAAAUGAAACAAGAAGUGCAAAAAUAUCACGUCGAAUUUGAGGCCGCAGGUGUGCUGGGCGAUAAAUCUGGAAGAUACCAUAUUUUUCAAGCUGCGGAGGAAGAUGAUGACGAUCUCGCACUUAAUCUGACGAGAAUGAAGUUAGGACCUCAUCAAGAAGAACCUGAGCCACCAUCUGCGAAAAUUAAAAAGCAAGACGAAAAUAAGAUAUUGCUCAAACUGGACAACUUGUUGGGUAUGCCUGUCUACCCUACCAAUCAGGAUCACCGCGGCGAUGCAGUUGUCAAGCUUGCAGACCUUAAAAAAGUGGAACUGAAUGGCAAACUAGGUAUAGUUCGUGCAGAAGACAAGAGUGACAUUUCCCGCGCAAAUGGGCGUGUGCCAGUUGUCAUUGACGGGACUGAUGAAAAACCCAAGGGAUUGAAGCCGGAAAAUUUGAUGGUUGUUGGCUUUGUUUUUAAAGCGGAGCCCAUUACCACUGAGCCAUCCCUGGACAAGCACGACGAGGAUCAUGUAGAAAUCGGGAUGAAAGGACAAGUGCUUACUGGCGAGACUCCUCAUCUUGAUAAACAAGUGGCAUCUGUAGGUUGGCGCUUGUUCUGUUCGUGCUGUAGGCGAAGCCCGGCGGAACAUAAAGAAGACUAGAGAAGACCAAGACUGGUACCACUAUGACUAAGCCAGCUGCACACGCACAAGGUAAUACCUUUAUGAAAUCAGGCUGUACACCAGGGUAAGAUCUAACCUUAAAUCUUUAUGAAUUUGAAUGGCGGGCAUUAAGUGAGAAGAGAUAAUUGAUGAUUCGACAUACUGAUACUUGCUCUUCUUCGAGAGAAAGUGCAAUGUUGUUGAAAGGCCUUCCCUGACAGACAGUUCAGGACCCGAGGCAAAAAGACAUGGCAUGACAUUCUAGAAGGAUUGUGUGGAAGUAAAAUGUUGAGUUGCAUGGCCGUGGUAGAGGAGCUCAAAAUAAUUGAUUUUAAUUGUUCUCUAUCAAACUAACAUCAUGAACCUGAUCAUCUUUUCAUUUUCAGAUGAAUGAUAGAUUUUUUAGAUCUACUGAGAACAAGGAGAAGGAUGAAAAUGAGCCGCGACGGUUCAUCAAACAUCACGUAGAUGUAGAUUGAGGCCUGGUAGGUUGAGAUGUGAUGCAUUGCAUGAUUGAAAACUCGAUGAUGAAAACUCUAUUGUAGGCUUCUCAGACACUGUAGUUUAGAAAUUUGUAUCUCGUCUCGCCAAGAAUGGUAGAAGAUGAGCAUUUGAGACGCAUGCUGAUCGAUGCCUAGUCGAUGAAGUCUUCGAAGACUUCGUGGUUCCACACCUUGCUCGUCGUUUUGUUCUUCAUCUUCGGCUCGAUGCUUUUAUCGUCGGUUAUUUUCGAUCGAAGACAACGAAACCACAAGCACGACGGAAACAAGCCCGCGCUUCGCACCUCGUGAAGAAAUUGUUUCGCUUGUAAGUAGUCCGUUGUCUUCUACUUUGUAGAAACUACUUCUUGCACUGAUAUUUUGGAACAAAUGGAUUGAUGAGAGAUCCAAUGAAGUCGGUGGAUUUGGACGACCAUCAGUUGUAC